GUAAAUUGAACCUAUCGGUUAUCUUUUUAUCAGGUAAAUCAAGAAAAUGGCGUCCAGGAUUUAAUGUCAGAAGUACUGUAUCAUUAUUUGACGUCGGAAAAUGAGGGCUGCUGCUGUAUUAGUGAGUGUUCUCAUUUGCCUUAGUUUCCAUACAUCAAACCAGCAACAAAACCCCCAAGCAAAGGUGUUUCAAUACUAUAUGGACAGCCAUGCAGAGUGUGGAAAGACCUUUGAGUUGGGACUUAACGCUGCCACUGUGUAUGGUAAGGGUGCUGUACAGACUGGGGAUAGUCCUCUCAGUUGUACUAUAAUCCUUUCCACAGAUGGGAUCAGAGAACACCGUAGAUUUAGCAUUGAGCUGGUCAGUGGCUUCAUCAAGUCGCAAGGAAUCAACUUCUACAUAUAUGAUGGACAAUGGUCCCAGAACUCUGGAGCACAAACCUUGGCUGCCUUUAGUUACUACAGCAACCCUCCCACAAACAUGCAGAGGCUGAUCACCUCAGGGGGAUUUGUCACAUUCUCCUUGACCAAGGAUAGUCCUGACCUGUUCGGAUAUGGAUUUGUUAUCCAUGUGCAACCAAUACCUGCUGACAUUUCGAACCCUAACAAUUGUGAUGAGGGCGCCGGCUAUGGCUGUGAGAGUUAUUACUACAACCCCAUCAUCACCAAGUCGGAGGUCAUUUACAUUGUGGGGAUCAUAUUUGCAGUUGUUUUGGUUAUCAUAGUACCAUCAGUUCUCACCUACUGUUACUGUCGACAGCGGGGGCUGAAUCGACGGUGGCAGGAGAGACGUUUGAAGGAUGGGGCCCCACAAACAGCAGCCACCUCGCUCAAUGGCAGCGUUCGUUCAGCUCCACACAGCAGAGCCUGGCAGUCUGAGGGAUCUAAACAACCAUUUGCUUCCAUCAGAAAAUCUCCUGUAUCUUCUCGCAGGUGGUCAAGACCCCCAACUGAUGAGGAAGAUAGCGUCUUUGAUGACCUUCCCAGGAAGCCUCCUCCUCCACCUCCAUAUGAGGAACAUGACAGGUAUAGAGCUGCAAGAAAUGUAAGGAAUUAUCCACCAAGAAGAAGAGAUGAUUAUGAAAGAGAUCACAUGGAUCGUCACUACAGAGAGAGGAGAUACAGUGACAGCAGUAAUAACACCUCAGGCAGAGACCGCUACAGUGAUGAGAAAGAUGAUUCAUUUGUUCAAGCUGAUGAUGACCAUCCACAGGAGAAUUUUGUUGAAAGAAUUAUUGAACCAAGAGUUCAUCCAAAAUCAGCAGGAAAAGUCAAUAGAAGUGCUAAAACUGGUCAAGAUGAUGGCUAUGAUUCAAUUGAAAAUGUUAAUGCUGUUAGAAACACCAUAAAAAAGACAAACAGUGAAAUUCAGUGUAACAAAGAAUCUGACAGUGAAGGUAGUCCAGAGACUGAGAGUGAGGUAGAGAGUUCAGAGGAAGAGUCCUCUCAUUCUGAGGGGGAAGAACAGGAUCCUCAAACUUCACUUUAUGCAAAACCUGAUAAAACUUGCAAGAAGAAAAGGAAAGAAAACAAAUCCAAUGCAGGUAAACAAACAAUUUUACAGCCUAAACCUACCACAAGUGUGCCAUUUCAAGCCAGGCCAUCGCAGGGGAUGGUCAUACAAAGAGCGACAUUCCAGGGGUAUCCCAUGAUGCCUUCCAACCAGCCUAGCAAUCCAUCGAUUAGGUUUAUGCCUCCAGUAGGGCAAAUUGUUCGACCAGCUUUUCCGGUUCCAAACCAGUUUAACCCUGUAGGCCAUUUUCGUCCAGUUGAUGCUAGACUUUCAGUGCCAGGAUCAUCGACACUUCCAAACCAAAGCCAUGCAGUAACCCAGCAAAAUUUACCUGGUUCUCAACCAAAGCCACUGGUACAACAGAUAAACAAUCCUAAUGAGGCUCCAAAGUAUUCGUAUCUAGUUAACCGUGGCUAUGACACUGGUAGAACCUCUCCUGUUAGUACUUCAACAAGUUACAGUCAACAGAGCUAUGUUUUGGAUGACUCUGCCGUCAAUAUUGACCUAGGAAGUGGUGUCGAGCUUAUGAAGCGAACCACAGAGGUGUAAAUUCCUUAUGGACUGAUAUGAGUACUUUGGCUAAUGUAGAAUAUUCUUAAAAUGAUUAAGAAAUAGAAUGAAGUUAAUGAUUUUUUAUAUGCCCGUUUUUAGAGUAUUAUGGUACAGCGUUGUCUGUCUGUCUGUGCUGGGUUUUCUGUUUGUUUUCUUCAUUUCUCUGUCACAUAUCAAGCUGAAAUUUUAACUUACUAUUUAGCUUUUUUGUGGGCCACUCUAGAUCAUGUUGCAAUUUUGAUCCAUUUCGACCUCUAUUGCAGGAGUUUUGUCCCUUUAUUUGAAAAAAUUAAUGUUAUACAGAGGAUAUAUGAUUUGUCUGUUUAACUCCUUCCAUAAUUUUCAAGUGAGGACUAUAUUUUAUACAGUUUUGUGUGGGUAUUGAAGAUGUGCAUGUGGCUAGGAUUUUGAUUUUUCUAAUUUUUGAGAAAAUUACACAUUGUUGAACUUAGUCAAUUUAGUCAGAGGAAAUAUUAUAAAGUGAAUGCAUGGUUUGUCCUUUUAGCUCCUCUCACAGUUUUAAAGAUUGGGCUUUGUUAACAAGGAAAUUUCAACAAUUUUCUCAUUUUCUUUUAUGUUUGAAAUAUUUACAUGUUGUUGAACUUGGUUAAUUUUGGGGAAAUAUUUUCCACACAGAACUCUAGGUUUGUCUGUUAACCUCCUGUCAGUUUUUAAACAAGGACUUUUUAUUCAUACUAUGCACAGAAAGCUUGUCACAGCUUCAUGAUGGCUGAUACUACCUUGAGUAAAAUUCAUCAAAUCAUGACUUAAGAAAACAUUCUUUAAACCAGGGUUAUUAUUGAUCUUUAAAAUUGUAUGCAUAUUACAGAUUAAUAAACAUUCCUAUUACAGAUUAAUAAACAUUCCUAUAAUGCAAGCAUUAAUUUAUUUUCUAUACAUCAGCCUUUUUCUGGAUGUUUUAAGGUAUAGCGAUGUCUGUCCGUGUUUGCAUUCAUUUUUCAAGAUAUGACAUACUACCUUACUUAAAGUUCUACAACUCAUGCCAUGUUUGCUAAUCAAUGUCACAAAACAAACUCCUUAUAAUAAAAACACCCGUAUAACCUUUUCACGGGCAUAUUAUAAGCACCUUUGAGCGUACAUAGUGUAUGAAAAGGGUGCUAUAUAAAUAUGGUAUUAUUAUUAUUAUGUACCAUUAAUAUGUUACUCUUGUUAUACCAUCUUAAAGUUUUCUGACGGUGUAGAUUGACCUGCCAUUUUCAAAUGUAACGUUUUACAUUAACUAUAGGUCGUUGACGGAAUAUUGGGAAAUAUGCCUGCCUAAGCUCAUUGCACAAUAAAGCAGGUCACUGUACUGGUGAAGUCCUCUUUUGCAAAACAACUCACCACCGGGCAGGCAUUUUUCCCAAUAUUCAGUCGAUAACUUUUCCAUUAUGUAUCUUUAAAAAUAAAUAAUGUGCACUUCUAAUUCUAGAAUUGCAUGAUUUUUUACAUUUUUAUUGCAAUUGAUAUUGGUUGUUGUCCGUCAUGCAUAAACAAUUGAAUAUUUUUAACUUCUUCUUAAUAACUACCAUUCCAAUUCUCUUCAAAUUUGGUUUGAAGCAUCUUUAGAACAAGGGGGACAUAACUUGUAAAUUUCAGGACUCCUGCACCCCUGAGUCCUAGGGAUGGGGCAAAAGCUGCCCAAAAUUGACCAAUUUUCAAAAAUCUUCUUCUCUAGAACCCCACAUGUGUAAGAAAAACUAAAUGUGUCAUGAUGCAGAGCAGGAAGGGCUCUACCAAAAUUGUAAAUUUCAUGAUCCCCGGGAUUGGGGUUUUGACCCCAGGGCGGGGCCAAACUUAGUAUAUAGUGACAACGUUCAUUUUCCCAUCAUUUUUACAUGCAAAAUUGUUAUUUCAACAUGUAGUAUAAGACACACAUUGGGUGACCCUCCCCCUUUACCUUAUGUAGUACGGAUUGGAAUGAGUGUAUGUUGAACUGAUGACUUGAAUUCAUUUGCUGAAAGAUGAACACCCAUCCACCCACCCCUGACAAGAUAUUGUAAUUUGAGGGUAAAAUAUUUUUAUCUGAUUAAUAAUAAAAUAUAUUUUAUAAUAGGAUUUUUGUUUAUACACUGAUAAUGAGUUAAAUAAGACUGCACUUUUUUAAAUUCUAAUUUAUUAUUUGCUGAACAAUUCAACCCCCCUCCCCCAUGAAAUCUAAUUUUAAAGUGAUUGUGCGCCCCCCCCCCCUUUUUUUUUUUAAAAAGUGGAGCACGCUGUUGUACCAUUAAUACACAUUAACCUUUUUUUUUUUUUUCAAAGCAUGUACAUAUUUUUCACUGCUAUUCAGAAUCAAAUCUGUUCUUCAUGCCAUUACAUACUGCCCACUACAGAUUUUGUUAUUACAUGUAUUGGGGUGGGUUUUUUUUUUAGAAAGCACGCAACCAUAUUGUUUGCAUGUAGAAACAUUUUAGAAAGCCUAAAGUACCACUACAAGUUUCUUUAUUUGAUAUUAAUUACUUGUGAUGUUCCAUUUGACAUCGAUGGAAACCUGCAUAUUUAGAAUGUUUAACACUGAAAUUUGCAACAGAAUACUUUUUUAUUUUAUCGAAGUUUCGCUGAAUUUCUUGUGUAUUUGUACAUGUAUUUACAGAUGUAAUCAGGCCAAUGGUACUUCGGAUUAAAAAAAUCAGCUGGUCUCCUGAAUUUCAGUAUAUCAAGAUUGUGUAUAAAUCAUACAAUAUGUCAUCAUGACGUGUACAGUUACCCAUUAUAUAUUGUGUACAUUUUGGCCUAACACUGUAUAAUUACGUAAUUUUUAUCAUUACAUAUACCUACCAUAUAUUAUGUACAUUUUGAAUUCAAAAUAGUAAUAAAUUUUUGUACCGAA